AUGGCACCCAAGAGUGGGCCCAAGCCCACCACUUUAUCGGCCUGCUUGGCCCGAGCUGGCUUUCCACAGCAGUUAGACGCCGGAGAAGCCGAGCGGACCAUCUCGGAGGUCCGGCGGAUCGCAAAAUCCUCCAAAGCCCAGGUGCUCUCAGAAGAACAGCUUCUGUCUCAGCUUCUGCGCCCUGUUGCAAACCUGCUAUUGGAAUUCGUUCCCAAUUUCUCUUCGGCUCCAGCAUCGAGUCGUUUGAGAUUCUGGCGCGAUGCUGCUUCGGUUGCGCUUGGACGGACCAAGGCUGGUGUUGCAUACAAGCAAUGGCUGCAAACGGACGCCAUUUUGACAGCUGCCGAGCAUGACCUGCUUACAGAGACACUGGAGCUGCCACCUAACAGGAAGCGGCCGUUGCAAGGAGACGCCAAAGGCGAGCCUGAGCCAGCAGCAAAGCGCCUGUGUGGCAGCUCCUCCAGCGGCCCCAGUAAUAGCGAUCCCGAGGCUUUGCGCCGAAAGCAGGAGAUGGCGGAAACAGUCCGGAACUGCCAGGAGGAUCUGGAAGCGCUGCGUGCGACGCAGGCCAAGGAUCUUGAGAUUUUCUUGGAAAGGGAGGAAAGGAGCAUGGCGAACCGUCGAGCCCAGUUUCAUCAGACCCAGGCGGACCAAGUGGAUCAGAUGCAGCGCCAGAACAUGCAGAUCGUCGCAGAUCUACGAGCCCAGCACUUGAAGGAGCUCUUUUCACCGUGUUUGUGGAUCAGCUCUGGGGAUGUGCAACCUUGGCAUGGCUUCUAUACACUGAGCACGGAAGAUUCCACGGACACUUCGCCGGUCUACUGCAAGUACAACUCCUCCACGCCCUUUCUCUACGCUGCCAAAGGAUCCUGGUGCUUCAGCAAGAACAGGGCCAACCUCUUGACAAAGACGGGCUGUGGCUUUGUGCGCAGCUCUGCUGCGGAUGCAGCCCCCAGUGUUUUGCUGGCGACGGGUUGGCGGCAGCUUGGGGAAGACAAGGCUUGGGCCUCCAUUGAUCUGCAGAUACAGGAGGUGCAGUCCACGGUGGAGUUCGUCAUCGUGUCCCUUGCAGGGGAGGAGAUUCUGCGGAAGAGCUGCGUUCUCAGCGAGACUGUUCACCACUUGAGAAAGCAGUUGCAAGCAGCACGACAGAGCCACGACAACGUACAGCUCUGUCUGCAGAACACCAGGCUCCGAAAGUCCACUCCUCUCGGCUGUCUCAGCUUGAGGCCGGGAGAGACGCUACAGGCCAUAUUCGGACUCCGUUCCUGCAUUGCUUGCAAGACGCCGAUCACUGGCCCGCCCUCACGCUGUGGCAGCUGCGCUAGGUGCCACUGUGCUGCUUGCGCCCGGGGCUUAACGCGGUGUCGGAUCUGCGGCAAGCGAGUCUGCAAAGCAUGCACGGCCUCCACAGCCGGGUGGCUCUUCGCCGGGAUGUGUCCCCGAUGCGCCCGGCCAUGGGGUCUCUAG